UAUUUUUUCAUUAAUCAGAGCAAACGAAUCUCAUGUAUAUAUAUAUAUAUAUAUAUAUAAUUUCAAAUAAGUAAGUGAUCAAGCUUCUUCCAAACUACUUUCUAGUUUAUCUCUCUCUUUCUCUCUCUAAACACAGAAACAGGACCAAAGCGUUUUCGGACCGGCACUGGAGAAAAGCAAGCUUGGUUAUAAAUUAACAUGGCUGUUGGUUACCAGAUCUGGCUCUAUCUUAGCUUACUAGUUUUGGUACUUUUGCUUGUUUUGGGAUUCUUGACCGUUCUUUCUUACCAAAAGAAGAAAAAGGAAAUCAACAACCCUACCUCUGCUUCUGAUUCCUCUUCUUCUUCUUCUGAAUCCUCCCCUUCUGAAGAGGAAGAAGAAAAGUAUGACAUAUUUCUUAGUUUCAGAGGUGAGGACACUCGUUGUGGUUUUAUUGGACAUCUUUAUGAUGCUUUGUGUAAAAAAAGUAUCCACACCUACAUGGAUGAGCAAACUCUUGAAAGUGGUCAUGAAAUUUCACCGACGCUUAUGAAGGCGAUUGAGGAAUCAAAGAUUUGCAUAAUAGUUUUGUCCCAAAACUUUGCAUCUUCUACAUGGUGUUUAGAUGAAUUAGUACAUAUACUUAAAUGCAAGAGAAAUGAGAAUGUCAUACCCAUCUUUUAUGGCAUAGAUCCAUCCAUUGUACGGAAACAGAAAGAUAGUUAUGCGAAAGCAUUCGCUGAUCAUGAACGUCGUUUUAGAGACAACAAAAAAUGGAGAAGGUGAAGCAGUGGAGGGAUGCUCUAAAAGAAGUGACUGAUCUGUCCGGUUAUGAUUCCAAAAAUUUUAGGUAUGAGUGCAAGCUAGUUGAAGAAGUUGUUGGAGACAUUUUAUUGAGAUUGGCUAAAUACCAAUUAACAAAUUAUGGGAACCUCAUUGGAAUUGAAGAGCCUGUCAAGGAAAUUGAAUCAUUAUUAAGCAUUGGCAAAAUGGAUGGUGAAAUGGAUGCUCGCAUCAUAGGUAUUUGGGGUAUGGGCGGUAUCGGUAAGACCACCCUUGCCAGCAUUGUAUUUCAAAGAUGUUCAUAUUCUCGUUUUGAUGGUUAUUGCUUUCUUGAGGAUAUUCCAGAAGAAACUGAUAAUAUAUAUCAUAUGAGACGUAGAAUUCUUUUUGAGUUGUUAAAGGAUGCAAAUCUCCUAUGCACAGACACUCCAGGUGUAGGGUCAAGAUUUAUUUAAGAUAGAAUCCGCCAUAAAAAAGUCUUUAUUGUUUUAGAUAACUUGAAUGGGAGAAGAUCUAAAUUGCAAGAAUUAUUUGAAGGAUAUCAAUUUGCGAAUGGAAGUAGAAUCAUUGUCACAAGUAGAGAUAAGCAACUGCUUAGGACGAUGGCUCAUGCAAUAUACGAGUCGAAGGGGUUAGAUCACCGUGAUGCACUUCAGCUCUUCUGUUUCCAUGCUUUUGGACCAAAUUCACUUGCAACAGGUUAUGAGGCUUUAAUAGAAAGUGUUGCACAUUAUGCAAAGGGCAAUCCAUUAGCUCUUAAAGUCUUGGGUUCUUCCCUUAAAUCCAAAAGCAUUAAAGAAUGGGAAAGUGCAUUGGAGAAGCUAAAAACAGACGCGGACCCUGACAUUCUAAAAGUAUUGAGAAUAAGUUUUGAUGGAUUAGGUGACAAACGCAUCCAAGAUAUAUUUCUUGACAUGGCAUGUUUCUUUACUGAUGGAAUGGUUAGAGAAGAUGUAGAAAGCAUAUUAAAUCGCAAUGAGCAUUCUGAUGCAACAAAUGAGAUAGGCGUUCUCAUCGAUAAAUCCUUACUGAUUGAUCGGACAAAAUUUGAUUUGGAAAUGCAUGAUUUACUGCGACAAAUGGGCCGACAAAUUGUUUGUGAUGAAAACAAAGAUGCAGGAAAUCGUAGUAGACUCUGGAAUACUAAGGAUGUCUGCCGUGUACUGGAAAGAAAUACGGGCACAUCUACAAUUGAAGGCAUUUUGUUGAAUCUGCGUGGCCCUAAAAGGGAUGUAAAUGUGAGCCGUACAGCAUUCUCAAAGAUGCACAAUCUACGAGUUCUUAAAAUAAUGCAUUCCUAUGUCAGAUACUAUGAUAAAUUAAACCACAAUCUUGAUAUAAAAGAAUGGCAUGAACACAUAUAUCUUCCUGAUGGGCUUGACUUUUUUAUUUCUGAUGAGAUAAGAUAUUUUCAUUGGGAUUCAUAUCCUUUGAAAUAUUUGCCAUAUUUAAGUCCAGAGAAUCUUGUUGAAUUUAUUAUGCGUGAUAGCCAACUUGAGCAGCUUUGGAACGAAGCCCAGCGACAGCCACCUGAGCUUGUGAAGUUAAAGAAGAUCAAUCUUAGUUUUUCUGAGCACCUUAUUCAAAUACCAAACUUGUCUCGGGCUAUAAAUCUUCAAGAGAUACAUCUUCGAUAUUGCACAAGAUUGGUUCAUAUUCCUCCAUUUUUUCGGAAUCUCAACAAGCUUCAGUUACUAGAUAUGACAGAGUGCAACAAUUUGGAAGAUGGCAUAGAACAUCUCCCAAUCAACCUAAGAUAUUUAACAAUGGAUGGGACAGCAAUUAAAAGUCUACCAGGAAGCAUUUGGGAGUUGAAAUAUCUGGAAGAGCUAUAUCUUUAUGGUUGCCCAAAUCUGAGAAAGAUUCCAGAAAUCUCGAAUCGUAUGGAAUGCUUGGUUAAAAUUGCGUUAGUUAGAACAGAGAUUGAAGAGUUACCCGAGUCAAUUGAACAUCUAACUGAGCUCAAAAUUUUAAUUCUCAAUAGGUGGCAUAAGAUUAAGUUUCUCCCAAACAGCCUGUGUAAAUUGUUGCAUCUUCAGCAGUUGGUGCUUGCGGAAUGUUCAUCACUUGAAGAAUUGCCUCCCCUUCCACAUGGUUUGGAAACUAUGGAUAUAGAAAAAUGUGAGAGAUUGAAAUCAACAGCAGAGCUUCCAUCAUCUUUACGUAGGUUGGAUGCAAACGAUUGCACAUCAUUGGAGACAAUAUCAAGUCGGGGGUCUCCACCCAAACCACCUUUUCGCCAUAAUGGUUGCAGUUAUUGGUUUAUGAAUUGUCUAAAAUUGGAUGAGGACACACGCAACAACGUAAUUGCUGACCGAGCACGCCUUCUUUCAUUGUCCGGUCAAGAUGAUGGACCGUAUUGUCAUUAUAUCAUGUAUCCAGGAGAUGAAAUCCCAGAAUGGUUCAGCUAUCAAACUGAUGGUGGGAAUUCUAUCAAUAUCCUCCUUCCUCCAAAUUGGUUUAAACUGCCAUUCAGAUUUGCUUUUUGCAUUGUUUUUUAUGAGUUGUAUAAUCAUGUUGGAACACAAGAAUUGACUACUGAAUUCGAAUUCAAUUUCAAAACCAAUACUAGGAACAGUGAUGACCGUCUUUACAAAUUUUGUGGUACUACUGACUGUAUUUUUCCUGUAACCACUGAUUCAGAUCAUGUGUAUAUUUUUUCCCGGACUUUGUCUCAUUCUGAAUUGUCAAAAGUGUCUGGGCCAAACUGGUCCUCCAUCUGUAGCAACAUUACCGAGGCUUCUUUCCGAGUAUCUUUCAGGGAUCGUAAGGAUCGCUAUUUGCGCAUUAUCAAAAAGUUAGGGUUGGUUUCAGUUCUGUAAUGCUGACUAUGGGUUUGAGGAACUAAAUGAAGAAAGAGCCCGUUCUAAUCAACCAAAUGGACACCAACACAACGGCGACUCACUUCCUCACAAUAAUUCCAAGAGAAUCAAGCUUAUGGGAUAAUAACCGUAUCUUUUCCAAAUGAAUAAGAAAUAUACUAAAAGCUUAGGUGGAGGUUUUCAAAAGGAGAGUGAUCGGAAAGAAGAACAAGAUUAGCGAUUGAAGAAGUGAUGAAGAAUAUUGCCGUUACUAUUGGGAGGCUCUAGAGGAGCUCCAAGAGAUGAUUUGCUCGUGGAGCUGAACCAUUGGUUUUGUUGAUCGGAAAAGGCUAACCAGCCAGCAAUGGCGAGCGAGGUGGGUUUUGAGAGUUGUGGAGUUGUUCUUUGUUAUGCAAGGGCGUGGAGUGUAGGGAAAAGAAACAGCCAUCAGGGACAUGUUCGAAAUACACUAAAAACUUCAGUGGAGAUUUUAUGAAAGAGAGUGAGCAGGAGGAAGAACAAGAUUAGCGAUUGAGGAAAUGAUGAAGAAGGUUAACGAUGAGGAUGGAUUCGUGUAGCCAGGAAGAAGGACAGUUUUACACUUCCUACUUUUGUUUUCUUAUAAACCAAACAAGAAGAGCAUCAGAAGGCAAUUUCUAUUGUGCAUUGUUUAUUAAUUUUGUGGAUUGGAAAAAAGCUGAGCAGCAGGCAACAGUGAGGGAGUGGAAUGAAGGAAAAGAAACAGUCAUCAGGGACAUGUUUGGCAAUCUUUUUAAGCAUUAUAUUUUUGAGUUUACGAUAAAUAAUCCAAGUAUGCUUUGUGUUA